AUGGCAGAGACAUCGCUCUCGGAGCUCUGCAGUAUCUGCUAUGUAGAAGUACCGAAGUACAAGUGUCCCAGAUGUGAGACCCAGACAUGCUCCUUGCCAUGCUACAAGAAGCAUCAACAGCGAGCAUCCUGCAGUGGCAAGCGUGAUCCUGCCGCAUAUGUGAAGAAGACCCAGUGGGCUACGCCUACAGGUCUCGACCGCGAUUUCAACUACUUCAAGGGCAUCGAGCGCCAUGUGGAGGAUGCCAGCAAGGAUCUCGAGGACCGUGGUAUCACUGAUGGACAUGCAAGCCUUCGUGGUGUGGCAAGUGGAUGGCGGAGCGAUAGCAAGCUGCAGAACUAUCUGUCCGAGCACCGUAUCACGAUCCAACGAGCUCCGAAAGGCAUACAAAGACAACGAGACAACACGACUCGAUCUACAAAAAGUCAUCGUGCCCUAUGGACCGUGGAGUGGAUUGGCCCGGAUGGCGAACAUGAAGUGCACCACGACUGUCCCGAGGCCAACUCGAUCUCUGACUUGUUCUCUGUAUCAAAGUUAGGCAAGCGAAGGAAGGCCGAGAGCCAUCAAGACAUACCGCGAGCAGAGAAGAAACGGAAGAUUGAUCCGCCUUCGAUCACGUCUGGUUCCACGGCAACUUCGAUGGCUCAAGAGCCUGCAGAUACCGCAGAUCCAUCGCAUGGACCGGUAGCCGAAUCUCAUGGUAACACUGAGGAGGAUGAACCGACAUCACUAACAGCUCUGGAUCCCCCACCCAACGACGACCAGCAGAAGUCUGGAUCGGAGAAGACUCUUCAUUUCUAUCUGCUGAAACCUGCAACCAUUGGCAGUGCAAGAGUAGUGAUACCACUGAACAGAAAGGGCAGAUUGACCAAGUGUCUUGAUGGCCACGUUGUGCAAGAGUACCCUACAGUAUAUGUUCUGCACGAGGACACGAAUGAGCUCCCUGCAAGUCUCAUGCUCGCCAAGGACUACCAAGCACAAGACCAUGUAGCAGCGCCAAGUGCCGAACAAUUACCAGCUUCAAACACAGAGGGAUCUAUUAACUCCGAAAGCAUUCUAGCUAUGCUGCGGCGAGACCUCACACGAUGA